AUGCCCAUCCUCGUCUCACCCGACAUCGCUGCCCAGUUCAAGGAGAAGUGGCUGCUGCUGCACCCCGAGGACCGGGACAAUGUGGGUGGGGCUGUGACCUUGGAUGACAGCCUCACCAGCCUGCAGUGGCUCCAAGACUUUUCCAUCGUCACUGCUGAUCCGGAGACACCACCUGUCCCCAGCCACCCUCUCCACCAGCCUCCCCAGCAGCUCUUCCAAGGGUCCGAGGCCCCGGCCAGCCCACCGGCAGGAGACACUGCGGCCAAGGGGAUGCCCCCGCGUCUGGGCAAACCCACCUCCGCAGCCACCUCCCCUGGCACCAGCUACCUGCCUGGCCUUGGCACUGCAGAGAUCGAUUACAAGAGCAACCCUGGGGUGAAGCCCCCUUACUCCUAUGCCACCCUCAUCUGCAUGGCUCUGCGGGCCAGCAAGCAGGCCAAGGUCACCUUGUCAGCCAUCUACAGAUGGAUCAUGGAGAACUUCUGCUACUACCGGCACGCUGAGCCCAGCUGGCAGAAUUCCAUCCGGCACAACCUGUCCUUGAACAAAUGCUUCCGGAAAGUGCCGCGGCAGAAGGACGAGCCAGGCAAGGGGGGCUUCUGGGAGAUCGACCCGCAGUACGCCGAUAUGUUCGUCAAUGGUGUGUUCAAGCGGAGACGGCCGCCGGCCGCACCCUACAGCCUGCCACGGCAGCGCCCCGCUGUGCCUGCCCUGGAGGCAGGGUGCAGCCUCUUGCCCCCUGUGCCUCAUCUGGGGGAUGGGCAGCCAGGGCACACCCCUCACCAGGCUGCCCACCACCCGCUGCACCAGCACGGCCAACGCUGCCCCCUGCUGGAUGCCCCCAGCCCUCUGCCGAAGCGCAGCUGCCCGGCAGCCAGAACUGCCCAGUCCCCUCUGCUGCCCUCUAGUGGCAGAGAUGCAGAAGCCCUGCGAGGAAAUUUCAACUGGGCCGAUGCCUUUGACGAUGUCUUACGGGGAAACGGCAGCAAUUUCGAGGACCUGGAUAUUAAUGCAGCGCUCAGCUCGCUGGCCGCAGAGGUGGACCUCGCCAUGCAAGGCAGGUACAUACCCCUUGCCAGCAAGUGGGGCACCCCGGCUACCAAUCAUCCCAGCCCAGGGGCUUCCCACUGGGAGGAUUUCACCCCCUUCGCCGACACCCCCCAGCACCCCUGGGAGGAGGCGAGGGGGGAGGCGCUCGGCAACCCCUGGGGCUUUGAGCAGGGCUUCAACUUCUGUGACGGCUUCCUCAGCGAGACGCAGCCCUGGGACAAAGUCGACACCUUCAUGUGA